AUGGUCUAUGAUCCAGUAAGCAAGACAGGUGGUCUUUUCACUGAUUACAUCAAUGCAUUUUUGAAAAUAAAGCAGGAAGCAAGUGGUUGGCCUGACUGGUGCAAGACAGAAAUAGAUAGGCAGACAUAUAUUUCAAACUAUCUUGAACACGAAGGGAUUAAACUGGAUGAGGAUGCUAUUGAGUACAAUUCAGGGUUGAGGGCAUUGGCCAAAUUGUGUUUAUGCUCAGGGUGGGGUAAGAUUGGUGAGCGCCCUAUAUUUGUGAAGACUGAAUAUGUCUCAGAACCAUCUGAGUAUUUUCAAAAAAUGACAGAUGACACGAUUGAGGUCAGAGAUGUACAAAUGGUUAAUGAUGAAUGUGUCCUCAUGAUGACCUGUUUAAAGGAGCAAUUUGUUGAGGCUAACAAUAAGACCAAUGUGGUCAUUGCAGCAUAUGUAACAGCGCAUGGGAGGCUGAAAUUAUUUUCAGAGUUGAGUAAACUGGGUAAAAAUGUGUUGUACUUUGAUACUGACAGCAUAAUUUAUCGUGAGAGUUCAAACACAUCGUCAUACAGGCCUGUUUUAAGCGACUUCUUGGGCCAUUUUAAAGACGAACUCUCGGGAAACACAAUCACUGAAUUCGUGUCUGGAGGCCCGAAGAACUAUGCAUACAAACUGAAGACACCAGAGCGUGAUGGUGUGCAAACGGUAUGCAAAGUACGGGGAUUCACUUUGAAUUACCGAAAUGGUCAAUCAAUUAACUUUGAUUCAAUGAAACGCUUGAUCCUGGAGAACCGGUUUGAUGAGAGGAUUGUUGUUAGGAAUCCUCGAAAAAUCAAACGGAAGAAAGAUUUCAAAGUUGUAUCUGCACCCGAGUCAAAGGCUUAUGGUAUUGUGUAUGAUAAGAGGAUUAUCACAGAGAGUUUUCAAACAAUACCAUUUGGCUACCAAAACUAA